AUGGAUGUGGACAGAUCCCUGGACGACCUCAUUCGCCAUAAUGGACGCGGCGCUUAUCGGGGUCGCGGAGGUCGCGGAGGUUUGAUUCGUGGAGGACGUGGAGGACGCAAUGGAAAUCAAGGAUCAUUUCAACCUCGAAAUCUCUACCUACCCCGGCAACGCCCUUUUGUCAUCGGUGGUACUAGUGGGCCCGUUCGCGUCAACAUGGCAAACUUGUUCAAUGUUCAUGUAGAAGAUCUUGAGGAGUUGUUCAUAAACUACCCCCAUGAUGGUAUUACAAUGCACUACGACGAAAAUGGGACCCCCGUGGGAACAGCUGAUGUGCACUUCAAGGCAAGACCAUCGUUUGCGGCAAAGUUGGUGAAAGAUUGCAAUGGAAUGAGGAUUGACGGACGCCCGAUCAAGUUUUAUUUGCUUGGACCACGACCCAAUCCGAUGUACUUGAGGCCGAGCUUCCGCCCGCCAUUUAACCGGCGAAAUACGUACACCCACAAUAGUGGUCGAAUCUUCAAGACUGCAAGACGUGGCGCUGGAACUUUCGGUGGCCCAAAGCCCAAACUAAGCGAGGCUGAGCUGAAUGCCCAACUUGAUGCUUACAUGGCCAAA